CCUAAAGGAAAACGAUCUGCGCUGGGUACUUUUCAAGUGGUCUCGCGCGAGCGUUUCAAACGUUUCGAGUGUUUCGCCGUCAGAGGACUCUGUCCUUCUCACCUGUCACCUGAAUUUUUACCUGUGGCUCCUCCGCUUUCGACCAAUCGGACGUUCGACCCUGGGCCCUGCCGUCCCCCACUCCUCGACCUACUGCAGCCGUCCCCGAGCACGAAGCCUAUACGUAGUUCAGAAAUUCCUGCACCGCAAGCGCGAAACGAUCAUCCAUUAUAGCGUUCCCACGCUUCUCUCCUUCGAUCGCGAUCCGUGUAAAGUGUGAAUCUUCUGGGGGAAAAAAGAGGAAUCGUCGAGGAAUCGUUCGGGCGGAUCGAGAAAGAAGCUCCUCUACUACUUCACAACAACUCCGUCCAGGUCGAAGCAAAUCACGUCAGAUUUCGAACGGCAUCGCUCCGUCGAUAAAACCAGCGCGUGAUAAAUCGUAUAUUAUUCGAAAAGGAAGGAGGAACGUGGGUGAAAAUCCAGAUCGAUUUUGCGUCGACGCGAAAGCACGAAUCAUUGACGCUGAUGCGGCCAGUCGAACGGAUACGAAACAAAAUGAAAAUUCCGGCAGCUUUGCUGCUGACCGUCCUGUGCUUGUUCUUGUCGACAACGAGAACGAGUGCAGCUUUGGCAUCAAACUCGAAUCUGCCUAAUCAACUCCUUCGGGAAGAUAGUUUUGCGCCGAGUGAAUCGUACAAAGUUAAAUAUGACACUUCCACAGCCUUUCCGGAUGGAGAGGUCCAGAAAAUCAUAUCGUCGGAAUACGUGAAAUCGUUCGAAGAUCCAAAGAAAGUACUGCUUCAGGAGAUUCACACUUUGGACGAGGACGCAAAUGAUCGUCGAGUUAACGUUACCGUCCCUCCAAACGCUCAGGUAAAGCCGAAGAAAGCGACAUCGUCGCUGACAAAAGCUGUCGACGUGAGUGCGAAGGAGAAAAUAAACGAUAAAAAGGUAUUGGAAGCCGAAGACAUGGAAUACGUUGGAAAUUACAAUGGUCAGAGUCCCCACGACAAGAGCGACAAAAUUGACGAAGGCGAGAACGCGGACAGCGAAUACAUCGACGAUUACAAUGAAGACGAUGAUAUCGACGAUGAUCUCGAGGAAGACGACGACGACGACGACGACGAUGACGAUGAUGUCAUGACUCAUUGUCCCGAUUAUUGCAAAUGCGUCGGACAGUACGUCGCUGCAGUAACCGCAACGUGCACCAAACUCGUGGAACAACAAUCUUUUGGCCCUAGCAUAGCCAGUCUGCGAUUCGAGAACACCGGAGAGAUUCGUCUUGGUCCGCACGCAUUAAAAUCCCGUGGAUUGCAACAGCUGGAGAAUAUAAAGAUCACGGACACUCGUAUCGUCGAUCUCGAUCGUACGGCCUUCGACGGUAUCUCGUUCCUCUUCGCCGUCAAUCUGACACGGAACGCGCUUCAGGACAUUCAUCCCCAUACCUUUCAGAAUAAUUCGCAACUGAGUCUAUUGACCAUUUCCGGAAAUCCCUUGAAACACAGUCAAUAUUUCAAAGGGACGAAACAUUAUCUUUUCGACGCACCUACCGUCACCGAGCUCGUCUUUUCUAACAACGGUGUACCUAAAUUGCCACGUACGGCUUUUCAAAAGAUGCAGAGCCUAGCCUAUAUCAAUCUGAGUGGAAACAGACUGAAGGAAAUCGAAAAGACCCUCUUUGAUCCGUUGAACGCCUUGCUCGACUUGAAUUUGUCCAAUAACUUGUUGAACGAGAUCCCUGUCGAGCUCUUCGAUAACAAUGGCUUGGAGACCCUUCGUGUCUCUGGAAACAAUUUAUCGACUCUAGCUAUCAUAAGAGCUUCCAAAUUGACAACGUUGGAGGCAGCCAGAAACAAAAUUAAGGUUAUAGCGAAAGACGAUUUAUCGGGUGUGCCGCUUUUGGAUCAACUCGUUGUUAGCUCGAAUGGAAUGAAACGAAUACAUCAACACGCGUUCAUGAAUCUCGACCAGUUGAUCUAUCUCGAUGUCAGCGAUAACAAAUUGACUUCUUGGACCGAACAUCAUCUCAGGACUAAUCCGAGAUUGCAGAUCUUGUUAAUGAACAAUAAUCCUGAUUUAGGAAGCUUGCCUGUUUUCAAAACUACUGGUCUUGAAUAUGACACAUACAGCACUUAUCGUUUGGAAUGCUCGAAUUGUGGUUUGGAGCGAUUGGAGCCUCAAACAUUCGACGAGAUGCCAGCUUUAACCAAACUGAAUUUAUCCAAAAAUCGUCUUACCAGUUUACCUAACGGUCUUUUCAAGUUACUGACUUCUCUUCGAGAGCUGGAUCUCUCAGAGAACCUCGUAGAAACUUUAGAUGCAAAUAUGUUCCGUGGUGCUAUAUCCUUGAUGAAAAUUAACCUCUCUGGUAAUCCCUUAGUGACUUUGCAAGUUACUCCAUUUUUGCUGACGCCUUCGCUUAACAAGCUCGAUGUGAGCAGAUGCGAGUUGGAAAGAGUCUGGAGCGAGGCUAGAGUUCCAUUGGAGAGCCUUAGAUUCUUAUCGGUUCGUGGUAAUUUACUGCGACGAAUCACUUUGGAAGAACUGAAGGCCAUGCCGAAACUUUCAGCCUUGGAUUUGUCACAUAAUCCCUUGGACUGCGACGAAGACUUCAAUAUGGCCGUUCAGUGGUUGACCGAUCACGGUAUUACACCCACCGAGAUACGCACGCACAGCACUUAUGGCGAUAACAUGGAUUACUCUGACUCGGAAGGCAUCACGCAGUGGAAGGAUCUAGCGAAAAUCGUUUGCGACGGUGUCGAGGAUGGGCCACCAUCUAGAACCAUACCUACCCCUAUAAAGUCAAAAGUCAUUUUCCCGAGAUUACUCGAUGACGCAGAGAACACGAAUUCUCUUCUAAGCGGAGAUCUCGAAGACAACGAGGAUCUAAAAACAUUCGAUCAUUUCACACAAUCGGACGAUGCCGAUAGAGCAUGGGAAGAAAAUCAAUAUACGGAAUAUGGAGAUUAUGUGAUCGAAUCAUCAAGUUAUCGACCUUGGUACAGCAAUGCACUUUGGCCUAUACUAACUGUCAUCGUGGUGACGUUAGUAAUUCUUUUGUUGAUCACUCACGUGGCUAUCACUGUGGCGAAGCGUCGUGGUCGUAGUCCCGUCAUCAGACCACCGAUGAUUCUUCGUCAAGGUCUCGUCGAUAACAAAAAUUGUGGUUUGGUUUACAAGCCUCUUCAAGAAGAAAUUGCAACUCCCCAUAUGCCUAAAAGAGGUAGCUUUUACUCAAGCAGUACCUUCCAUUACGAUAAGAUCGUACCCGAGAGCGUGUAAACUUAUUAAUAUUCGUUUAAAUAAAAGGACUAAUUGAAAUUUAA